UAUCGGUAGUUGGUGUGUGGCCGAUCGCCAUGGCGACUGGCAUCGCGGGACUGCCUGCGCUUGAAAUGCGAACGAGCGUCGAGAAAGGGCGAUCGAUCCAUGCAGCAACCCCACAUGGCCUUCCUGCAGGCACAACCCUGUUUACCGAAAUUCCAUUUGCAAGCGUUGUCGUUAGCUCUACAGCAAAGCUUUGCGCCGUGUGCUAUGCCGACGCCGACCCCGACAUGUGCUGUGACGAUUGCUCCAGUGUCGUGUACUGCAGCGAAAUUUGUCAAUCCGUCCUCCGCGAUGUUCACGAACUGGAAUGCUCGACCUUGGAAGAGAUCGACGUCAUUGCGAAGAAAUCUCGGGCCGAUCGCAACCUGCUGUGUCUACUCACACGAAUCUUGUGCGUCCGCGCGAUGAAGCAGUCGCGGAAUGCAACGGACGUAUCAUCAUGCCCCCCCUCAACAAUCUCGUCGACCUACGCCGACGUGGUUGACAUGAUCCAUGCAACUGGACAGCUCAACGAAACUUGGAUCACGGCCGUGCAAGCAGGGGCGGAGUUGCUAAUCAAAUCUCUGCCGCGAGAAUGCACGCUUCCUGUGGCAGACGUCGUGGGCUUGGCUGCACGAGUCAACGAAAACUCGUACUCGCUUGAAGCCAACACCGUCGAACCUCAUGGAGAAGUUGCAGCCGUCGGUUUGUUUCCCGUCGCGGGGCUCAUUAACCACAGCUGUCAGCCCAAUUGCAUCUGGUCCACCGAUGCUGUACGUGGCGCAAUGGUCGUGCGCACGACGACAUAUAUCGCCCCUGGCGAUGAGAUCACGAUCCCGUACAUUGACGUGAACCAGCCUCGGGAAGCGCGCCGACGUCAAUUGAAACAGUCCAAGCAUUUCGACUGCCGGUGCGAGCGGUGCGAAAUGCCGCUCGUCGAGCCGGCGCUCGAUGCGUUGGUCGACGGCGUUUGCUGCCGAACCUGUCAGGAUACCCUGCUGGUUGGUACUUCAUCCAGUGGCUACACCUGCCCAAGUUGCGGCCAGGCAACAACGCAACAAGAUAUUGAUGCGGCCAAGCUGUACGCGACAUCAACCAUCACGUCGGCCACGGCCAUGAUGAACAAGAAGAACUUUAAAGACGCUCUUACAGUGCUGGGCAAGUUCUGCGACGCGCAGAGCGUUGCCUCGUCAAGUCAAGUGGUCCUUCAUUCGAGCCACUGGACAGUCACAACCGCUCUACGCCUCUUAUCGGAUUGUAGCUACAAGGUCGGGGCGUUCAUAGCUUGCUACGAGCAUCGGCUUGCGCAUGUGACGAGGUUGUGCGCGAUCCUUCAACCGAAUGCACUCGCGCUGGGGACAGCUUACUUUGAGUUGGCGGACGCCGUUGCUAUUGGGCUGACACAUCGCGUGUGGCCACUGGAAGAAGAGCUAAAGAAGCGAGAAGAGCUAAGAGCGCACUUGACAAAGUGCCGCGACAUUCGGAAGAUUAUCUACGCCAUCAACCAUCCGAGGCUCGUCCAAGUCGAAGCACGAUUGUCACGGUUAUAGAGGGAGUGUAGUAGAUGAGCAUUCCUGCGGUCGGAAGUGUGGCCAGUGCAUGUGUGACAUGGCAAGGUUGCGUUUCCCGAAUGCCCGUCGUCGCGAGGCAUCUGCAGCAGUGCUAAGAAUAGAUAUUCACGUGAGCUUCAGGGCA